CUACGUUACCUUGCCCCCCUAUUGUAGUUUCUUUUGCGUCCAUCCGGAAAAGAACGGUUCUUUUUUGACGAAUUUUCAUUCCCUCGACCCAUAAGACGCCGACAAACUACAGCAGCAUUCCCGACCGCGAACCUCGAAAAUAUACCGAUGUCGAUUGGGCAAGAAGACUUUCCCCUUGAGAGUGGAUCGUCGAUAGUUUGGCGACCGCAAAGCUUGGUGCGAUAAAUUCAUCGCGACUCGCUGGUGACGGACGGCACGGCACACCCAGCGUCGUCUUUUGGUGGUGCCCGCUUGCACAACAGAACACUUGACACGCAUCAACGAUGGACAGACCAAAAGGGGCAAAACGUCGAUUUGACCUCUUUGCUUUGGGAUGCCUUGUCGCGACUACUAGCCGUUUAGGCUCUCGAUUCGAUAGCACCUCCUCGUUUGCGCGACCACAAUAUUUUUCUAUAACAGUUAUCGCCAUAACUGCGGCAUUUUGUUUUGUCCUUUCACGUCUGGUCUCGACUGAGACUGCAUGGACAAGGUCCCUAGAUGUCGACGAAAAACCCGGCCGCGCGACCUCGCAAAUACCGAUUCUCACAAUCACCGAACCGGAGCCACUCCGGACUGUUCAACCUCUUCUCAAGUCGGCAAACCAUUUUGCCGUAGUUAUAAAACGGCGGUCCCCGCCAACCAGAGUAUCUCUGCUUUUGUCUGUGGUGGUCUGUCGUGGACUACUCUUCUGGCAUGUGCUCAGGUACAUACAAUGUUCCUGGGGCUGGAUCCAGGCUCUGCUGCCAUUGUCUGUCCUUCUGGUCGAUGUGGUGAUCCCAGCAGAGCGCACACGGAUAUCCCUGCCCCACGUGAGGAUAGACGACGAUGAAGAGUUGAUACAAUCUCGACGUCGUCACUGCCAUGGCUCGAGGAACUUGCGCCUGAGGUAUGCAGUGCUGGCGGCCAUGUGGGCCUUUGCAGCUGCCCAGAUGACGAUGCACUGGUAUCGACCUACGGAUGUCAUCUGUCCGCGGGGAUGGAGGAUAGAGCAGUACAUUCCUGCCACGCAACUUAUCUGCUUGGCCCUGGACGCCGCCUUUUUGGUACUAACCCAUCGUAUUCGGCCAGGCCAAGGCAGCGACGGGAUGGAUAACAACAGUCCUAGCUAUUAUUCGGGCUCGUGCUGGAAGACGCUCACUUUUGUCUUUACAGCCACGGCCACCAUAUUGGGAUUUUGUUUCUGGGUCGGUUCUACAGGCGACUAUGAUCCCCAGGUACACGACGCACUCGACGGAUUAGAAAGAUCCGACUUGGCCGGCGACUCCCUUUGUGCAGCUGUGCUGCUGCUUUCGGUCAUCCAUUUACUCGCCAGGAUACAUCCUGCCACAAUGGCGCUCAUGAUUUCCGGUAUUAGCCUCCACGCGCAUCGACUCGCUACACGUGGCCACGAUGCGCCCUGGGAACACAUGGACUGGACAACAUCCAUGUUGUUUCCUACAGUUAUGAUCAUCUCGGGUGGAAUGCUGAUUCGGUGGGAUCGAGACUUUCGCCCGCAGCCGAGGUCAUCUUCUACCGAUGGGAUCAUACACAGAGCGUUGAUCUUUGGCUACGUGAUACUGGCUGGCUCGGUUCUUUGCUCGACGGUCUUGCGCGCACCGGAUGAAUCUACUAUUCAUGAUGUGCCGGGGUUAGGGACCAUCAUAUCCGCCGCCUACGCCGAGUCUGAAAGGUGGCAAGCACAUGCCGGCAGCAGCAAAACGCUCGAAGAGGCGGUUCGGACUUACCGGCAGCGACAGGGCAUACCGCCACCGCCCAAUUUCGACAAGUGGUACGAGUUCGCACGGGCGAAAGACUCGGUUAUCAUUGACGACUUUUCCCAGAUCGAGUCGGAUCUGCUCCCUUUCUGGGGCAUGGAGCCUUCCGCCAUUCGGGACAUGACAGGUCAGCUGCUCCAGUAUCCCAAGGCCUCAAUGGGUGGCCUGCGGAUACAGAAUGGCGAAAUUAAGCUCUCGCCGCAUAUCCCCGGCACUCACCUGUGGAUGGUGAUGGGCCUGGCCGAUAUCAUACGCCCAUUUUCGCAGUGGCUUCCCGACAUGGAUCUUGCCAUCAACCUCGACGACGAGUGCCGUGCUGCUGUGCCGUUUGAAGACCGGGCGGCGUUGCAGGCCGAGGCUGGGAUCACCCGAUCUCGACUGGGGAAGGUCGGGGCUGGGGAUCUGAUCGCAUCGUUCAACUCAUCCCAUGCUUCAACCUCAAAAUGGUCAAAUCGCUUUAUGGCUAAGGACGGCAUGAAGGACAAGGCGAUCUUACCGCCUUUCUUUGAGGACUAUCACAAAAAGCCCAUCUAUCGCACUUUGGUGGCACCAACGUGUCCUCCUGAGUCUCCCGCGAGGAAUUGGCGGUGGUGGAACAAGAGGGACACUUGCCUGGCAUGCGCGGCGCCACACACUUCCUUGAGCAUGGAAGGCAGGGUUGUCUCGAAUUGGACAGGGGCUCAGGAUGUGUGUCAUCAGCCCGACAUGGCGCAUCUAGACGGCUUCAUUUUCUCGCCCGCAGCCAUGAUCACAACUCGGAAGAUGAUGCCCAUCUUCAGCCAGGCAAAGGUGACGGGAUUCGUCGACAUUCUGAUGCCGUCGCCAUGGAAUUUCCAUUCCAAGACGCCUUACAAGGAGUCUGCUGAUAUGUCGUGGGACAAGAAGCAAAACACUGUUUUCUGGCGUGGUUCCGCAACGGAUGGCUUUGCGGCUGCUGGGUCAUGGACCUCAUUCCUGAGAGCAAGAUUUGUCGACGGUGCAGAUUCCAUUGCUGAACAGAUGGGGCCGUCUGCAGCAAACUCAGGCGUCGGAUUGAACGUCAGUUUUGUCGGUAACUUUCCCCGAUGCGAGGGACCAGACUGUUACGCAGAAGCGCAGCAUUUCUAUGAAAACCGCCGCUCGCCACUGAUGAUCGAAGGGGUCGAUGAACAAAACGCCAAGGAACCUGCGGAAAACAAGAAAAGCUUAGGUGCCUCCGUCGCUUUUGAGGAGCACUUCAAAUUCCGACACCUCGCAGACUUGGACGGAGCCGGCUUCAGCGGGCGCUUUCUUCCAUUUAUGCAAAGCAAGAGCCUCGUGUACCGGGCUGGCCUCUUCCGGACGUGGUUCGACGAGCGCGUGCAUCCUUGGCGUCACUACGUGCCAUUGGACCUGCGUAUAGGGAUGGGCACGGACGCUUGGUAUUCGGUUGCCGCCUUCUUCGGCGGCAGGCGGGGGUCCCAUCUUGGAGAGAAGAUUGCGCUCGAGGGGCGCGAGUGGGCGGAAAAGGCAACCCGGCCGGCGGACAUGCAAGUUUACAUGUUCAGGCUACUGCUCGAGUGGGGCAGGAUAGUGGAUGACAGGAGAGAAACCUUGGGCUACUUUGGGCCUAGUCGGAGUGGUGGCUGAUCUGGUUGCCAUGUGUAUAUGAAAUCAAGGUUCGGUAUAUGUGUAGCAACUAAUGUUUCCUUUGUUAUUUUUCGGAAAUGGGUUUUCUUCCAUCGCUGGACGGGAAGGGUUUUGUUCGACGUUUGUAUAUAUCAUGAGGCAAGCAUGCAUGUUUCUGUAUAGGGUGUUCUUUUGAUUUUGGCCAAGACAGGCCACAGGGAUUGUUCAUAGGUUUGGAUAAACCAGUAUAGAGUAUUCAGUCUACAUAGGAUUCAUAGAACAAAGCGUUUAGCAACUG